CAACGUUCCUAUUUUCAAAAACAGGGUUGGAGCCCAAUGCAUUCAAAAUUCACAUGACUCAACUCCUCUCUCUCUCUCUCUCUCUCUCUCUCUCUCUCUCUCUCUCUCUCUCUCUCUCCAUAAAUCCCCUUGAAGCAUCAAUACUCCAGAACAAAGCAGGCUGUGGAUUUCUGGAAACACAUGGGAAUGGGUUGUUUUCUUGCCUGUUUUGGUUUCACCAAGAAGCGAAAGCGCCGGAAACCGGCCAACAAACUCAUAUCUGUAGACCAAGGACAUGGAAGCUAUAAGCCUCUGGAUUCAGAUGUCAAUAGAAAACUUGACAUCACAGAAAACCACAGUAAACCGGAUUCUGAAUUCAGAAAUAAAGGGAAGGAAAGAACAAGCUCAAGAAUAAGAAAAAAAGUUAGCUUCAAUUCGAUUGUCAAGACCUAUGAGCCACUACCAAAUCAUGAUUUCACAAGUUAUUUUUCUGAAAGUGAUGAGGAGAAAGACGGGACAGGGAAAUCCAGUAUCGAUUCAUUCCCAUCAAAAAAUGGUUGUUACCAGUCGAACUAUCGGUAUUAUAACUGCAGAGAGAGUUUUGAAGAUGAAGAGGACAUAGAAGUCGAUGAAAGUGAUCCAGAUAAGGAUGAUGAAGAAUCCAUUGCCAGUAGUGACGAUGGAAAAGUGAUCGAAGAAGAGUUUUCAGAGCAGUUUUGUUCUUUAUCUAUGAGAUCGGCGAAGAGGGUAAACUCGACUAACAAAAGAGCUGAGGAUUUCCUACCCCUUUCUCAUUCACUUGAUCAAGAACUGAAGAAAUGCGGAUUGAAUCCCAAUGCACAAAGACACAGGAGUGAUUAUGUGUUUUCUGUUCUGAACCCAGUUGAAAAUCUCACACAGUGGAAAGCAGUGAAAGCAACCGCAAAACAAGCACUGAAGCAGAAGAGGAAAGAAAACAUUGCUUUAGAGCAAGGACGACAACAGAUGCCCAUGUGCAGAAAGGAAUCAGAUUUCAAUCAUAAACCAAAGACAAAUCAUUCAAACCCUCUAAUGCAAGAUUUUGCCGUUGAUGCAAGCCUGUCUAACUGGUUGCACAUCUCAAGUUCAUAAGAAAGGGGCGAGGUAUACUAUUCCUGAUUUCAAAAUAAUGCGAAAUGACUUAACGAAAGUUCGACUAGUUUCAGAGAGAACAUUUGAUGAGUGUGCAUAGGCUUAGUUGGAGCAAGUCCUUGUAGAAUCCUGCACCAUAUGUUUCGAUGAGUGUGUUCAAUAGCUCGAAGUGUUUGUAUUGCAUUUGUUCCAGAUUUCGUUGAUUGUUCUAUCGAUUGGCUUUCAAAA